ACAUUUUCAACCAUUUCCAACCUGGAGGCUUUUCUCAGGAACACAGAGCUCUCCUGUACACAUACAGACACAGGGAAAGAGGGGAAAGAACCACGCCAGGAGGGCAACUCAGACAGUUGCUCUGAAUCAGGUCUCUCUACCUACACAUAGAGGGGAAAUGGAACCUUCCAGACCACCCUGAAAUAACUUUUAAAACGGGUUCUAAUGUUUUCCUGAGAAACUGAAAAUGAGUUGCUCCUGGAUUCCCAGGGAGAUUAUUCCAGGACAUGCUUCCUGCCUCUGAACAGUUUGACUUGACCGGGAAAGUCAUUGGAAUUUCACUCGGCUUUACAUCACUGGAAGUGACAUUUAACGUACAGUGGAGUCGAGGCUGUUUGUGAUUGGAGAUAGUGAUCUAUAUGCAACACAGCAGGGUCUUGUGUUGCCAUACAGGAUUACAGGAGAGCAGGGGUUAUACCUGGAGCCUUCCUGGAGAGGUUAAGAAGAGCUAGGGGAUUUGUCCUCACAAAGGCCUUUUUGUUCACUGAAACCAGUAGAAGUGGAACACAAAUUGGCAGGUCGAGGUUCCUCUUGGUGUAGAGAUGAGCCUUUUGUGACACCCUGAAUGGACACAUUGUGCUCGGGUAGCCUCUACCUGCUGGCUAGGAGUUCACUGGUCUAAGUACAUGCUACAUGACAGUUAAGGGUUCUGUGAAAAUGGACAGUGUAAGUAAUAGCUCUAACGGUCAGGGGAAGCAGCAAUCCAGUUCGUUCCGCAGUAAGAUCUCCACUAUGUUUACACGUGGGGACAAGCCUGAGCCUCAGAGGCUGGCGGGAGAGACUGCGGUGCUGACGGCUUUCAGGACCCUGUCUGAUGAAGAUAACUAUCUCACAGGGGUUCAUGAUCAAAGUGCUCUGGAUGUUAUCAGUGAUGACAGACUUCGAGUGGGGGGAGAUGUGAGGGGUAGGCGUGAGGUUCUUCAUAAUGGAGAGGCCACCUUCCUUGAUACGGAGGACAGGAUGGAAUCAUGGGAGAAUGAGUCCAGUAGGAAGAGUAGCUCGGUGACCUCUCCUCCUAACCCAGGCCAAGUGUCUGUGUCCAUGGCCGACCCAGAUCUGGUCCAGGUCACUAGGGUGGAGAUCUGCAGCGACACAGUAAUGGAAGAUGAGGAGGGGAUCAGCAGCCUCAGCCAAUCAGACAAGCAUGACACCCCUGGAAUGUCCCUCCCACCUGACGAUGACCAGUGGACAGUGAACGAUAAUAACAUUGGUCAGCUGCCACCCGCUGGCCCAGUGAGAGGUGCCAUUGAUACAGACUUAGAGCUGCCUGUGUUCAAGCCAGAAAGUCUUGUGGAAAGAUCCCUCAAAGACACCUCUGUUCUGUUCUCUGGAAGGAUUAUGGGCAGAUCUGACAGUGGGACAGAUCUUGGUCUCUUCUCCUCUGUCUCCAAACCACAAGUGCCUGGAGACGGCUGCAGCACGUACCUAUCCACUGAUCCCAGGCCUGUGGAGGUGGGUGUGGAUGCAGCAGCCAUGGGUGCAGAGGGGUCCAGCCAUCAUCACCACAAAGUAGCCAAAGGCUUCAGCAUCAGCCAGGAGGUAUUGGGCCUAACUGACGUGUGUGCUGGAAACCCUGCAGUGUAUUCACCUCUUAACCUGUCUUUGACCUCAGAACCCCAAACAUCGGAGGCAGCAGCAGACCACACUGCCUUUCCGUCAGGACAGCCAGCGGACCAAGAUACUGGACAGAGGAAGGAAAUAUUGUCGGAAAACACUGGAACUGAGGAGCAUAGAGAGCAUGCUCCCUGCUUCGACUCCCCUUGCGCCCUCUCUGAUUCCAGGCCACCUGAAGCAGCAGAGCCAUCUUCCCCCUGCCUGGAGGAGCAGCCUGACACGCAUGUCCCUGGAAAGUCCCCAGUUGACAGCCAGCCAAGUGCCAUUCCUGUCUCUGUCUCGCCCAGGGACCAAGGCGACAUGCCUGCCACUAGGAGGCCCGAUACAGACCCGCCCUCCAUCACAUUGUCUCCCGCCAGGGGCACAGCCUCCUGCCAGGCCCCCUCCUUCGAAAUUCCUGCCCUGUUCAGCAGGCUGCUGGUUCUGAAGAAGGGGGCUGUGGGGGAGGAGAGGGAGACAGUGUCUGAGAUCAAACAGAGAGACACUGACCUGGCCCUGCUGAGCCUGAAGAAGAGCAUCAACAAAAUCAAGAACCUCCCUGAGCAGAUCACCUCCAGUAGCAGCACCCCCAAGAAACGUACCGAGCCCAAACCUGUGUCUGAGACCAAGAGUAAUCUCUUAGGGCAGAUCAGCCAUCUACUCAACCUAGACGGUACCAAGGCCGAGGACAAGCCAGACCCAGACAGGGACCCGGAGAGGAGGGAGGAGGGGGUGACAGACAAGGGUCCAGAGCACAUCCCCAUCACCCAACCAGCAGACAGCAGGAAAGCUUCACACACAACACUUGACACCUUCAAGAGGUCCAAACCUGCUAAAAAGGAUACAGAAGAGCCUGUGGAUUUAGAGGCUGUCAAGGAAAAUAACAGAAGUGAAAAGGAGCUGCUGAAAUCCAUCUGUGAGAGAACGUCCAAGUGUCCUAGCAGCAGUGAGCAAAAAGGUCCAGCAGAGUCUAACUCUGAGGUCACCUCCCCUGCAGACAGUGAGGACCGGACCCCCGGGCGGCUCCAAGCCAUCUGGCCCCCGCCCAAGCCCAAGGAUGAGGAGGAGAAGGUGGGGCUCAGGUACACCGAGGCAGAGCACCAGGCUGCCCUCUUGCAGCUGAAGAGAGAAUGCAAAGAGGAGUUGGAGAAAUUACAUACGGACUUUGAGCUCCAAAUCUUCCAGGUGCGUGGGGAGCAUGCUGUGUCAGUGUCCCGGCUGGAGGGAGUCAUCAGCAAGCUGCAUACAGACCGUUACCAGGCCUUUAGCCAGGGUCUUGAGAGGGGCAAGCUCCGUGAGACCUGUGUGUCCACUGAGGACGACCUGCCCCCCAAAACUUUCCGUAACGUCUGCAUCCAGACAGACAGGGAGACCUUCCUCAGGACCCCCGAGGGUGAGGCCAGCCGGUCUGGUCUCAGCCCCAGCCAGAACGUGCCUAAGAAACUCAACCUGGACUCCAUCAACCUGAGUCUGCAUGGAGGACUGCCUGGCCCACCUCCUCCUCCUCUUCCUCCUCCUCCCCCUCCUCCUCCGCUCCCUGGCCAAAUAGGACUGCUUCCACCUCCUCCUCCCCCGUUACCUGGCAACAUGGGGCCACCGCCUCCACCCCCCCUCCCAGGUUUUGGUCCCCCACCUCCCCCUCCCCUUGGGUUACCUGGAGCUGGCCCUCCUCCUCCUCCCCCUCCUCCUGGGUGCGGCCCACCUCCUCCUCCUGGGGGAGGAUUUGGGUUUGGGUUCGGCCAGGUAGCAGAGAAGGCCCCAAGGAAGCCUGCGUUGGAACCGGCCACUCCCAUGAAGCCUCUAUACUGGACCAGGAUACAGAUCCAGGACAAUAAUAAUAAUACACUGUGGGGUUCACUGGAGGAGCCAGAUAUCAUAGACACCAAGGAGUUUGAGGACCUGUUCUCCAAGGCCACUCUGCAGCCGAAGAAGAAGCCCCUUUCAGACAGCUAUGAGAAGAAGGCCAAGACUAAGAAGAUUAUCAAGCUGCUGGAUGGGAAACGUUCCCAAGCAGUGGGCAUCCUCAUCUCAAGUCUGCACCUGGAAAUGAAGGACAUUCAGCAAGCUGUUUUGACUGUGGAUAACUCUGUGGUGGACUUGGAGACCAUCGAGGCUUUAUAUGAAAAUAGGGCCACUAGUGACGAGCUGCAGAAGAUCAAAAAACACUAUGAAACAUCCAAGGAGGAUGAGGUGAAGCUACUGGACAAGCCUGAACAGUUCUUGUAUGAACUCUCCCAGAUUCCAGACUUCUCUGGCCGGUCCCACUGCAUCAUAUUCCAGUCUAUCUUCCUCGACUCCAUGUCCUCCAUCCACCGCAAAGUAGAAAUAGUCUCCACCGUGAGCAAAGAUCUGCUAGACUGUAGCAGUGUGAAGGAUGUGAUAGGGCUGGUCCUAGCCUUUGGGAACUACAUGAACGGAGGCAACAGGACGCGAGGUCAAGCUGAUGGCUUUGGCCUGGAGAUCCUGCCCAAACUGAAGGACGUCAAGAGCAGGGACAAUCGUAUCAGUCUGGUGGAUUAUGUGGUUGCAUACUAUCUGCGCAAUUUCGACGAGCACGCAGGAACAGACAAGAGUGCAUUCCCACUUCCUGAACCACAGGAUUUCUUCCUGGCCGCUCAGGUCAAGUUUGAAGACCUCACAAAGGACAUGAGGAAGCUGAAGAGAGACCUGACUGCGUGUGAAAAGGAUGUGCAGAAGGUGUGUGCUAACUCCUCAGAGGAGAACCUCCAGCCCUUCAAGGAGAAAAUGGAGGCCUUCGUCUCGACCGUUCAAAAGGACCACACUGCUGAGGACGAUCAGCUCAAAGCUGCACAGAAAAGCUUCCUGGACAUGGUGAGCUACUUUGGGCUCAAGCCAAAGUCUGGGGAGAAGGAGGUGGCCCCCGGUUACGUCUUCAUGCUCUGGUACGAGUUCUGCAGCGACUUUAAGAACACUUGGAAGCGGGAGAGUAAGAACAUCUCCAAGGAGAGGCUGAAGGAAGCACAGGAGAACAUCAAAAAGAUCACAGCUGAGAAGAGGGUGGAAACCAAGAAGAUCAAUGCCAACAGUCUGAAAGAAAGACUGCGUCAGAAAGAAGCCAGCGUGUCCUCCAGCUGAAGAGGAUGAUCAAU